GUUGAUGGAGUUAGCUUUGAGCCUGGGUGAUUCCUCAAAGCCAUUUCCUUUUCUAGAAAAAACCCCAACCACUGAUCUAGGGUUUUGCAAAUAUGCUAAUAGAGAUGGAGACCACAAAAGGGUUUCUUCAGAUCCACCUCUUCAUCUUCAUCUUCUUCCUUUCUCUCCUCUUCCUCGCACGCCACCUUCUUCUCAGCUUCGCCUUCCUUGGCUCAAUGAUAAUCUGCACGAAACGGGUUCAUCGGAAGGACCGGUAAGAGGAUUAGACGUGUACCGGUUACCGCUGGUGGUGGCGUUGGGGGAUGAAGCCGAGGAAGGGGCGGCGCAAUCGUCUCCGAACAGCGCGGUGUCAUCCUUCCCGAUGGGUUUAGGUAUUACAAACGGAGGCAAGAGAAACAUGGAAGCUGAAACCGAAAGGGGUAGCUCCAGAGCCAGUGAUGAUGAUGAGAACGGUUCAACCCGGAAGAAACUCCGGCUCUCUAAAGAACAAUCGGCUUUUCUCGAAGAAAGUUUCAAAGAACAAAACACCCUAAAUCCCAAACAAAAGCUUGCUUUGGCCAAACAAUUAAACCUUCGUCCUCGACAAGUGGAAGUUUGGUUCCAGAAUAGAAGAGCAAGGACAAAAUUGAAGCAGACGGAGGUAGAUUGUGAGUAUUUAAAGAGAUGCUGCGAAACACUGACAGAAGAAAAUAGAAGGUUACAAAAAGAACUGCAAGAGUUAAGAGCUUUAAAAACUUCCCAACCAUUUUACAUGCACUUACCUGCCACUACCCUCACUAUGUGUCCGUCAUGUGAGCGUGUCGCCACUACUUCCACCGCCACCGCCACCGCUACCGCCGUCUCCAUCUCUGGCAGAAAUACGGAUGCCAAAACUGUAGGAAUCCCGUUUUAGCCACUGGAAACACAUGUGACCCAGAGCCAGUCCCAAUCCGACCAGGCUGCUUCGUGAAAUCAUUGGACGUGACCAGUCAAAAUAUGCUGUCACUUUUUUUUUUCUUUAGCCUAUUUUGUACAUCUUUUUGGCUUGAAGGAAUUUUUUUUGUUAUUUCCUUUGUUCAACUUUUUUUUAUAUAUAUUUGUCUCUCUUCUCUUGCAGUUUUAUUAGGGAUAAAAAGGUUUAAAAGAAAACGAUAUUUGAGUUUUUCGAUAGAUUUUGUUUAGAGUGGGGGCUCUGGA